AUGCAUGACAUACCUCAGAACUAUUUGUCCAAUAGUAGCUGUUACCCCAAACUUCUCUCUUAUUUCUGUCAGCCAGUUAGCUUCUAUUAUUGUGGCUAUCAAACACUAAAUGUUGUAUCUAGUACCUUCAUCCUUAUAGCUUUCUUUCCUAUAGUUGUCCAACUUCUAGGACAUGUGUCCAAAAGCCUCAGACCCUUGAUCUCUAAUAGCUUCCAAUCUGUUUCUUACAUGUACAUAAGUUCACAACCAGCUUACUCUUCCUUUGGGAGUUGGUGA